GUUCAGCCAUAUAAUCAGUUUACUUGACUUGCCUUUGCCUUGCAGUCCUUUAGCUAACAUCGUGGCCAGCCGCAUUCCUCCCCUCAGUGGAGCCUCGUCGCUCAGACCUGCAAACAAGCCUUCAAGCAAGCCUUCAAGCCUGAUCAACCCCGCCACAGACAGCCCCUCGAUUGCACGGCGCGUCUCAGCUGAGCCGAGCUUUCGACUGCAUCACUCCAAGAGAGAAGUCUCUCUGAAGACAAGUCUGUUUCUGCCACCAUCCAUUCAUUCUCCUGCGUUCUGCGCAAUCCAUCAUAUCCCUCAACACAUGCACAGGCUGCCCAGCUACGCUACGCUGUAACCACAAUCAUGGCGAGCUCAAGAACCCGAAGAGUGGCCAAGGAGUUGGGCGAUAUCGAAAAGGAUACCGAUCGAAGUGGAAUCACUGCCUCGCCUGCAGAUGGUAGUGGCGAUCUCACACACCUCAAAGCACGCAUCACAGGUCCUCCCGGCACUGCCUACGAAGGCGGUCAGUUCGUUGUCGACGUCAAGAUUUCCACCGAGUAUCCCUUUCGCCCGCCUAUCAUGAAGUUCGACACCAAAGUGUGGCACCCCAAUAUCAGCAGUCAGACCGGAGCCAUCUGCCUUGAUACCCUUAGCACAGCAUGGUCACCAGUUCUCACGAUAAAGUCGACGCUGCUUUCCCUCCAAUCCCUCUUCGAAAGCCCCGAACCCAAAGAUCCCCAGGACGCUGAAGUUGCCAAGAUGAUGAUGACAAACAAGCCUGCCUUCGAGGCCAAGGCUCAUGAAUGGGCAGUUAAAUACGCUGGUGCCCCUCAAAACUCAAAGUGGCAGGGCGCAGGAUCGACACCUGAAUAUCAAGCUGACACUCCUCAACGGAUAGACGAGGCCAGGUAUAAGGGUUACCACAAAAACCUCAUCGAUCCUUUCAUCAACAUGGGAUUUGAUAUCGAUCGAGUGGUGGAAGCGUUCCUUCACUUCGGCAUUGAUAAGAAUGAUGGCGAGGACUAUCGCCUAGAAGAGGCGUACAUGGGCGAUGUUACGGCAAGGCUCCUCGGUGAGCCCUGAAUGGCGCCGUUGGGUGGCUUGUUCACAAAUGGCCUGUCUUUGCCAUUUGUGCGGGGCCUGGCUGGCGUUUGAGCAUUUAAGGGGUUAUAAUAGUGCAUGA